GUAAAGGACCUUCGCCAUGGCAUUUGUAAUCCGUGGAGCGUGUCUGGCGUGCUUGUUGCUCACAGUUGUAGUAUUCACCGCAUGCGAGAACCAACAAAGAGACGAAAGACUCCAUAAUUCAAUAGCAGUUGUAGGAAGAAUAUUUGUGUAUACUUUGGCAGAAGAGGGACUAGACAAACAAGGCCAGUACGAGGUGAGUUUGUAACGACGUUUCUCUUGCGGAGGUAUAAAAUGAAUUGAGCACAAGUUUUUAUUAUCGGUACAAAUAGCCUAGCUUCUUAGUCACUUUCAUAAGGCUUGAUACUAUUUUACAUUGUUCUUUAUAGCAUUUUGUGACGUUCUUUAUGUAUUCUGAUUAACACUGAAAUAAAUUUCUAUCCUAAUGAUUACGCGGGUAAUGUUUUCGGCGGACGUCCUUCACCGAACAAUCAAACUUAUAAUCUCUGUUUAGCAUUUGUAUUGCUCAUUUAGCAUCUGCGUGUUUGUGAAUGCAAAUAUUUCAAGACAUUUUUAAAUAAGCAAGUGAAUGACGUCCCUUUAUGAGAACACAGCACGCACGUUGAACUUGGCCAACGUGGUUUCCAACGUACCAAAGAAUAUUCCUCAUCAAGGAUGCAUGUGAUCUGUAUUAAGCCCUGUCACAUUUUACACUCUCGUGCGCUCUCGCGUGCGCUAUAAUUUUUUUCUAAAACAUUUUUGCCAAUGCAGUUUAGCGCGAAACUUUGUAAGUAUAGCCAUAUUUGAAAACGAUUUCUGUAUCACGCUCUUUGUUGUGGUUUCAUGGCGGUGAAGAAUUAGGGUGUUGUAUGAAGAAAUUAAAACCCGCUGAAGUGUCAAAUGGACAGAAUGCAUGAGACAUACCGGUCAUAGCGAAAAAAAUUCUUUCAAAACCGCGCUAUGUGAUUCCCUGUUUAUCGCUGCUAUUUAUCAGUUUAUCUGUGAUUUCUCUGGCAAGAGAAGAAAGUUGUUCUACUACCUGAUUGCUAGUUGACUGAACAAAUAUGUUGGGUUUCGGUUUCGCAAUGGACAGGUCUCGUUUGUCUGCGCAUUAACAUGUGACGUCUGGCGUAUUUUGCUGAUAUGAUUUCCGGACUUCAACUCUAUCUCAAUAUAUCACCCUAACUGCUUUUGCUCCACCUCAAAAACAAAACAUUGAUGGGAUGUUCUAGAUGAUUUGUUUUUUGCUGUUUUAGUUGAAUUGAAAGUUAAAUAAAUCUAUUUACGGUAUGUAAAGGAUGGUUUGAUGUCUCGGUCAUGAUAGCCUGCCGUUUUUCGAAACAGUUGCUGCCAAGCCAGUUUUGAACCAUCACGCGAUCGGCAGGCCGGGCCAUGAAAAUCUCGCUUACUUGACACACUCGAAAAGUGCGUACAAUUUGCUUGAAGUCGCAAUUGUAAUUUCUAUUGCAUUAUUGUCAUAAGUAAUAUGUACUAUAAACUACUAGGUGUUUAAGACAUGCCUUGUUUGGCAAUCACCACCUGCUUUCCAGUGGCUUGAAAAGGACGGAGAAAUUAUUUGCGGUACUGUUCGUAUUAGACCACAAUUGACCGUUAGGGAACAUAAUAUCGGACAGGCGUGAUUGGGCGUAUGUCUCAAAUCUUUUGUGUAAUUUCCAAAGUUUGUCUGCAUCUUCCUAUAACUUCUUUUUCAACUUGUUAAAAAUGUUUGUAAAAGUGAUAAAUCCUAUUACUGCAAGGUCUGCACUUUUUUAAGAAUGUCAUUGUUAGUGAUCGGAAAUGUCAUGAGAGGGGAGACUGGAAAAACUACUUCAUUCCUUACUUUUCUUGAAAAUUUCUGACUUUUCGGGUGAAAGUCAAGUAAAUCUUCUAUUUACUUGACCCUUUUGUAGCAACAUUUUCAGGGAAUCCUGACAAAAUCCAGUACGUGAGGUCAGGCUUGUUUUGACUGAAAGUCCUCGGUUUUGACGGAAAUGAAUCUUCUAAUAGGAUUGAGCUAUAAUCGGCCCACAAAAAAACACUAAAAACCGCGAGCAUGCUGACAGAGCUUUUCUAAUUCUAUUCAUUUGUUGCUGUUGGGUGAGGUUAAAUCUGUGAAGGACUGUCAAUGAAAGCUUCUGAGCAAUAUUUUCCUCUGGUGCGGUACUAAGAUAAUACUGGCAACAAUCUACGUCGAAGAUUUCUUUUGGCCACUUGCCAGGGAGCGAUCCCAAGCCAUAAAUGACUCUUUCAGUAUGUAAAUUGGGGAGAUAAUUGACAAAUAGUAGGACUGUCAACCAGUUCAUUUCCAACCGGAAGUGAAUUUCCGGCAUUGCUCCAACUUGGCUGCUCUUAACUUUAAAAUUAGCCUAUGAAAAAUGGACUGAUCCAAAAGUGAGAGACUGCAAAUCGGAUUACUGAGUGGUAUCCUGUACUGUAGCGGACCUGGGUAGAACGUGUAGAAGAAGGGAGGGGUCAGACGGGGCAAAACGUGAAAGGAAGAUGGAAGAGAAAGGCUGUUUUUCCCAACCUGUCUCUCCUCUUCCCUUUUUCUCCCUGCCACUGUUCAUUCUGUGUAAAAUUAGUUUCAACUGUACUAGCUGUAGACGAAUUCUUGUAGGGCAACCAUUGAACUGGCUUCUGCCACAAUACUUCGGAGUGCAGAAGAUCUACUUUCGCAUUAUUUUACACAACAAAAUAUUAUAUUUUUCUGGCCUUAGUUAUCAAAAGGUUGAUAGAGUUAUCCACCGGAUAAAUCACUUUCCACAGCUAACGAAACUGAUUUCCCUGACACUUAUCCACUGGACAGCGAUUUAAGCGGUGGAUAGCGCUCUCCAACCUUUAAACAACGAGGCUUGAUUGUUAAUUUUUCUCUGGAGCUUACAAAUUGUUCUCUCAAGGGAGUGGCUAAUGAAUCUAUUGAAUUGUUUUUCUUCUCUUAACUACUUCCAGGUGUUACAGAAAGAACAGACAUCACUUCCUCAAUGGCUGUCUUAUGAUGCAAAGAAAGCAUCUUUAACUGGUGUGCCUUCAUGGAGAGAUAGAGGAGAACUUAACCUAGAUUUUAAAGCUGAAGACGGAAGUAUUAAACAUUCUUUGAAAAUCGAUAUUAAAGACUUACGAGAUGGCGAUCUUCAGCCUUCACCAGGCUCAAACAAUACCAAGAUUCGUUCUUAUCCACAACCAAAAUGUCCCAAUGGCUUGCCUGUUGCCGCAGCGUCCAUUAUAUUUGAUUACCACUUAGGGAAACUUUCUGGACAAGCGAGAGUAGAGAUCUUGAAUAAAGUCAGUGAUUUUGUUGAUGUGGAUGUGAAAAAUCUUCACUUAUUGGCAGGUAAAGGACACAACACGGCUUUCGGUUUCAAGGAUGUAAUAACUGUUACUGCGGGACCAGGAAACGUGGCAGAUUCCAAGCAGCCUGGUGUGGUGGUGUCCUGGCAAAUCGGCUGUGGUAUUGAUAUACCUGGUAAGUUAAACUCCUCUUUCCAACUAGACGACUUCGAGGGAUUUUUAAAGGGGCUGUGUCACGGCUAGUCUACGAGCCUUCAGGUACGGUAAAACGGGCAACCAAACAUUGCAACAUUGCUACAAAACGAGAGGAAUAGCGAUGUUGCGCGUUUUGCCACACACGAUGCAAAAUGAUGCAAAAUAAGUUUCACGUUUUUGUUGCCCGUUCUAUUGUAGCUUUAGUUCGUAGAGGGAAACGCUGGAGACACGAAAAUGACCACGCGCGUGCCGCCCUCAUUUCUCGCGUCUCGCGGCUUCGUCGCUCGACGUUCUCGCGCGCGUGCACUCCCCUCACUAAAGCUGAAGAAAGAGAGAUACUGGUCGCAGUCUCUGUCACGACUGUCUAGUUCAUUGGGUUAAUAUUACCAGUAACGCCUGUUAAUUCGCUAAGGAACUUCAAAGUUGCGUUAACGAGGAAUUUACUUGUUACUGACAAAAUCACGACUUCGUGCCAAGCAAACAACUUUGCCGAACCAUCGUAUGAAACCGUUACAGACAACAAGAAUAAGAAUGAUCUGAAAAAUACUCGAAGCAAGCUAGUCAAUUAUCAGCCAGGAAGUCAGCCUAAAAUCAGAAAAUUCUUUCAAACUGAAAACCACAAUAAUAUUACAACCGAUCCGUUUUAAUCUUCAAGUUUGUCAAUCCGUGAAUUCUCUUGUAUUGCUAGCAGUUCUCCCUUUUUGAAAUUUGACAAAUUUCGUGACACAGCUCCUUUAAAGUCAGAUUAAAAAGAAAGUGUAACACAAUUACUAGUAACCAAGUAGUUUUUAUUAUGGGCCACAAAUAAGGACAGAAACAAACAUCUAAAAAUAAACAUAACAAUGUUAAGAAUCCCAACUGGCGGGAGACAAGGCAGCUGGCUAUUUACAAGUGAAAGAGAAGUUGCACUCUGGACUAUCAAAAUCAAAUCCAGCUUGAAGUCAGGGCGGACAUCGAAUUGGGGGCCCCCAGACUGCAAUUUCAGUGCUCAAUUCGAGUUACUGGUAGCGAGUAAUCGGUCAGCAAACUAGAGCGAGCAGGAAACGGUAAUAUCCAUCUCUCCAAAAUUUUAAAUAGAUCUAGCAAAUCAUGUUUUGUUCUUCAGUUUUGUUAUAAUUGGUGUUAAAAUGUUUAGAAGUACACCUUUCGUGCAUCCUUCGCUUUUAAACUGCAAAACCAAGCCUUUAUUGCGUGCAUGUGGCCAGUAUUCUGAAAUUAAAUGUUUUCUAACCUCGCGAGAAAUGCUCGACUAAUUACGUUACUUUCUUUCUCCAGGGGCGCGCAUAGCUUCUUUUCUCAAAUCAAGCGCAGAGACUGGGGCCUUCAGUCACGCGCUUGGGCUUCCUGUCACUGAAUGGCACAUUGCUGUGGGUCAGCCCAAAGAACCACGACAUCGAGCCCGCAGACAAGCUGUACAGGGAAAAUCCGCUAAGAUUACACCACAUUCCUCAAGGCGUAACGUAAGGGCGAUUCAGCCGACUCCCACACCUACCCUAACUGCUGCCCCGCCGACAUCCAUCAUUGCUAGUGUGACAAUUACUGUUACUAGAACAAGUUCGGUCGUUCCUACCUCUACUGUGACACCAACUACAACUCCGAUAGCACCAACGACUACAGAGGAGCCGACGACUACCGAACAACCGACCACAACCGAGCAACCGACCACUACCCAACAGCCGACUACUACCCCGCAACCGACCACUACCGAAAAACCGACCAUCAGCGAAGAACCGACGACGGCGAAAGAGCCGCCAACGACAAGAGAACCGACGACUACCGAAAAGCCGACCACUACCGAACAACCGACUACUAAGACUUCAACCACGACACCGUUACCAAGCACAACAGAGGAAGAGAGUACAACACAAGCAGAGUCCACAACCACUGAAGUGUCAAGCACAACAGUGAAGACAUCACAAGAGUCGUCUACAACUGAAGAGCUUAUAGACUCUUCUACAAGACCGACACCAUCGCCGGUAGCCGUGGAAACAGUUGUACCAAGCUCAACUGUUCCAAGCAACGCUUUCCCCACCUUAAAAAAUUCCAUCGACAGGUUGGAUGUUUAUCGAGGGCAAGGACUUAUAUUCCACAUACCCCACGAUACUUUUUACGACAAAGAAGAUAUGUUGACACCCAAUCUGACUCUAGUUUUGAAAACCCUAGGCGGAACUGAGCCCCUGCCGUCUUGGAUUGGCCUUGAUGCGGUAAAACAAAUAAUUUAUGCUUUUCCUGUUGACAAAGAUACGGUAAAACUUUACAAUUUGUUCCUUAUUGCUACCGACAGUAAGGGAGCUGAAGCUGUGGACGCGAUUGAGGUGAACGUGUUGGACGACACACAAUCUUAUAGUCACCAGUUCAAACUCACGCUGAAUUACAAUUUUACAAAGUUUUCUAGCGACUUGAACAUCAGAAUGGAUCUUCUGAACAAACUUGCCGACUAUUUCAACCUUAACGUGAGCAAUAUAAGGAUAAGGGAGUUCGUCGAAGGUUCGGUGAGAUUGAAGUUUCAGUUCGACACAAUUCCGGAAGACGAAUGCAAUUUUCCUUUGCGAGAACAAUUCGAAAAUAAUGACGGUGAUGUUAGUCCCAGUCUCAAGGAAGCGCUCUCACCUGAAUUCCCGGUCACAUCCGGGUCAUUUGAAGGCCUUGGACCGUGUGCGGGUGAUUCACCCGUUGUCGUAGGUGCAGCCACUGGCAGCACGUGGAAGACUUACGUCAUUAUCCCUGUAGUGAUCCUUGUUAUUGUACUGUUGGUCAUCGUUAUUGCUCUUUUCCUUGUAAUGCGAUCGCGUCGCAAGCGAAAGCUUUCGCUUGAAGACAAGAACGUGUUUGUAUUUCAGAAAAAGCCCGCUGUCCUGCAGGAAGAAUACGAGGUGAAAGAGAGGCUGCUGAAGCAACCACUUGUCUUACCGAACGAGAAGCCACCUCUUGCUCCUCCCAUAUAUCCAAGGAGUCCAUCACUCAGUCACGCCAAUGGUGACACCCCCCUGACCGAGAGAACAGGGUACCAGGCUCCAACCUUCACUUCUUUCAAAACACCCAGCAACCAAGCAGGCCCCGGUGGCAAUACCCCUAGGAAACCAACUUACUCGGGUUAUCGAUUGCCUCCGGCUUACGUGCCGCCGUAAGAACGUAACACAUUUAUACUGUAUUUAGUAGGACUUUCUGAUCUGAGUCGUCAACAAGAUGUUAAAGAGCAGAAAGGUACAGGACUAACAGAAGAGACGCGUAACAUUUUAAAGGAAAAGACAAGCUGUAAUCUCAGCAAAAUUGGGAUACUUAAUAAGGAAAUUUGCCUAAUUCUUCUUCUUGAGGUUUCAACCCUUGGAAACUGAUAUAUUUCGUAUGUAAGUCUGCAAGUCUUGCAGUUGAAACCAGCACUAUUGGAAGUUAUGUUCUAUGGGUCUUUAACGACGACAACUUAAAUGACGUUCUGUUAACGUUAUUUUGUUCUGAAUUUCACUUUUUAACUUUUUUAAUAACGGUUCUUUAUAGGGACGGAUCUUUUAGGACUUAAGUGAAGCCCUCUUUCCUGACUGUAAUUUUUUGUGUUAUUUCUAUUUAAUGGUCUUACAAAAAUUGUUGCGGAAGUUGAGCUCUCCGCGUAAUAGUCAAGGGCACGCUUUCCUGUUUUGCUUUUCCGGAAACCGCCCCAGAUUUAAUUUGUAUAGAAUAUUUUCGUCAGCAACUGAAUUAAUGGCUAAAUGUAAUUACAGCUAACUUUAAACUAUAGACUUUUGCAAAAUAACAUGACAUACAAAAGAUAUGGACGGUAUUCAUGUCACGAACAAAUACACAUCGGUUAAAAGUAUGUACAUUUUGCUGAAAUGCUAACUUCAUAUUUAGAAGGAAAUCGAAUACAAACCCUCAAACUCCCCAUCCGAUGAUUUCACACAGAAGUUAGAAUAAUCUUGCACAGGAUAAUGAACAGUACCACAGGAAGGUAAUGCUCUCAAUUUUUUUACCUAAAUUGCCGCACCUAAGAAUUUCGUUGACAAACCCGAAAGUUAGAACCAGAACGGCGCUACAGGAGAGUUCUGUUGAGUCGCUUUUAUUUAAAUGGUUACACUGACUUAAGAAUUUCCUUGACUUAUUCAAAAGCUUUAACCACCGUUCACAGCGCGUUAAACGGCACAGCGGUAAAACUUUACUUACUAAAGGUGAAUUCAAGUGAUCUUCUUCCGGAAUAAGAAUACGCAAAAGUUUUGUUACAAAUAUCUUGUGCUGUAAUUUUUGGACAACUUAGACGCUACGUCGCAAUACAAUAAACGCCAAAAUAAGUGAUUUCUAUUUAUUUAAUUAUCUAAUUAUUUCUUUUUCUAACAAGUGAUUAUCGAUAUAAUCUUGUUCCGGAAUACGAUCAAUCAAACACGCCCUAAAUCUUUUGAGUGGUCGAAAAAUUUAUCCUUAGAACUGAACAAUGGGAAUAAAAUCGAAAAAGCAAUCGUGGGAGUGAAAGGGUUGAAAAUAAGUGGGCUUCUUAGUAAUCAAAAGAUUUAAUGUAAAUUCAUAAUAUUUUCUUGAGUCACGAAUGUACAUCCAGGUUCGUUUAGGCCUUCAGGGCAGACUGCCAUGUUUAGUACCUCUAAGAAAUGCAAGGUAUUUCGAUCAGCUGCAGCGAAUUGUUUAUCGCUAAGUCGAAAAUAGAUUUUUUGGGCCAAAAAGUUUUACAUUUCUACACUUGUACCGCAGGAAACCAUUAAAUUAAAAGCUGGCGCGCUUAGUUCUCUGAAGAACUCACUCGACAGCUUCCUAUCCAGUGAGAGGGCAUUUUUUGUGGGUUCAUUGAAGGUUUAUAGUUAAUUCUACCUGAAAUUUUAGCCAACAGAAUUUUAAUUCCCGUGAAAAGAUGCCUCACUGGUGUGCAUUUAAGGGCAGUAUCACCGAAAUUUAAUACAAAGUAGACUGCAAUUUGAAAAACUGUAUUGGAAAAUUUUCUUUUGCUCCCAACUGAAGAAUUGAAUAGAUGUGUUUCUUCUUUUUUCAAUGGCCAUUUUGUAAAUAGGCGAAAGUACCGUUAUAAUUGUAGGCUAGUUCGCAAAAAAAACUUUGGAGAACGUUUGUGAUACUGCCCUUUAAUAUGACUGCAAAUGCGUUGUAUAUCAUAAUACGGAUAGAGUAUCCCAAGUGAAGUGUAAUUGUUUGCAAGGAAAGCUUAUACGUAAUCAGAUAUAUAUAUUUUACCGGCUUUUAUACCUCCAUUUCAUUAGUCCAUAAGAAGCUUUUGAAAGAUUAAACUGAUACUUUUAACUAAUCUAAUUUGUUUCAUAAUGGUUGACUUUACUAUAAAAAGCUGGGUCAUUAUCCUUGUAAACAAUCCGCCUUCCCUGUCAUUUUCAAGUUUUAGAAAACGUAUGACAGGGAAAUGGAAGAUCGACAGGUUUUAUUGGGUUCCCACAAACUCAUCAGACUAAAUCACGCGAAAACUUUUCACAAGACC